CAGUGCAAUAAAUACGUAAUGAAUAUACAUAAAAUCAAAAAUGACACUGAAAGAGAUUGAUAUGAAUGAAGUUUACAAUAAUGAUCCUGAGCUGAAGAAGGAAGAUGUUAAUAAUUUAAAAGAAUGGAUCGAAAAACAACCCCACCUGCCCCAUGUUUCUGAGUUGCAGGUGGCUCUAUUCCUUCAAAGUUGCUAUUACAGCAACGAAAUGGCCAAAUACACCACAGACACAUAUUUCACUGUGAAGACAUUAUGCCCAGAAAUUUUCGGAACUAGAGAUCCCUUGAACCCCUUGGUUAAAACUGCUAUGGAUUGUGUUGUUAUCACCCCUUUGCCAAAACUAACACCGGAAAAAUACUUGGUGGUGCUGGUGAAAAUGAUGGAUUUCAAUCCGGAUAACUACAAUUUCGCUGCACAACUGAAGUGCUUCGAUAUGAUCACGUUACUACAUUUGCAUCAGUAUGGACCUGCAAAGGGCGUAAUCAUCAUCUUGGAUUUGAAGGGAAUCGUUUUCGGACAUUUCCUGAAACUUGGCGUAGUAGUGAUGAAGAAAUUUUUAUAUUAUCUACAGGAGGGUAUGCCCAUCAGGUUGAAAAGUUUGCAAUUUUUCAACAUAGUUCCGUUUAUGGACAAAAUAUUAGCAAUGAUGAAACCAUUUAUGAAAAAAGAAUUAAUUGAUUCGUUGGUCCUACAUAAUGAUGUUAGUACAGUAUUUAAAUAUAUUCCGAUUGAUAUAUUACCACAAGAAUAUGGGGGAUCUUGUGAAUCUUUGCCCAUUUUGCAAGAAAAGUAUAAAGCAAGAAUGAUCGAUAAUGGAGAGUUCUUCAAAUUCCAAGAGUCUCAAACCGUUGACGAAUCUAAAAGACCAGGGAAGCCUAAAAACAUUAGUGAUGUUUUUGGAAUGGAAGGGACUUUCAAGAAACUAGAGGUUGACUGAAAAGGGUUGAAAUUACCCAUACUAUUUGUACUUUGUACCUAAUAAAAUCAUAUCUAGAUAUUUUCAUAAUUAUAGUAAUAAAUUC